UUAAAUUUCCUACUUUUACAUAACAAAUAUCACAGGAAAAAUAAAACCCACAAAGCUUUUUUUCAUUUGGGAGAGUUUUUGAAUUUGGGUUUAUUUUUUUGGAUGGUGGAGUUGUGAGGUUGUUUUUUUCAUGGGUUGAGGAAAUGGCUGCAGAAGGAAUGUUGUCAUUUUCAGUUGCUUCAGUUGUGGAGGAUGUACUGCAACAACAUGGCAAUCGCUCCAAAGAUCUUGAUUUGGAAUCUAGAAAAGCUGAGGAAGCUGCAUCAAGGAGGUCCGAAGCGGCAGGAUGGCUAAGGAAGAUGGUCGGUGUCGUGGCCGCUAAAGAUUUACCGGCGGAGCCAUCGGAGGUAGAAUUUAGGCUUGGCUUGAGGAGUGGAAUAAUCCUUUGCAAUGUUCUCAAUAAAGUUCAACCUGGAGCUGUGCCUAAGGUUGUGGAAAGUCCAUGUGAUGCAGCUCUCAUACCUGAUGGAGCUGCAUUGUCAGCAUUUCAGUACUUUGAAAAUGUAAGGAAUUUCUUGGUAGCUGGUCAAGAAUUGGGGCUUCCAACUUUUGAGGCAUCCGAUCUAGAACAAGGAGGCAAAUCUGCAAGGGUGGUGAAUUGUGUUCUAUCACUCAAGUCCUAUAACGAAUGGAAGCUCUCGGGUGGAAAUGGAGUGUGGAAAUUUGGUGGAAACUUAAAACCUGCCACCACCACUUUGGGUAAGUCAUUUGUAAGAAAAAAUUCAGACCCUUUUACAAAUUCCUUGCAGAGGACCUCAUCGAUGAAUGAGAAACUACCAGCCGGUCACUCCAAUGAAAUCGAUACUAACAAAAUGGCCGGUUCUGGUUCUGGUUCGUUAAGUAUGCUGGUUCGUGCCAUUCUAUUAGAUAAAAAGCCUGAAGAAGUUCCAGUGCUGGUUGAAUCUGUGCUCGGUAAAGUUGUAGAGGAGUUCGAGCAUCGGAUUGCAAGCCAAUCUGAAAUGAUGAAAACGACUUCAAAAGACAUCUCUCCUAAUUUCAGAAAGCCUCUACAGAAACAAACUCUUGGGGAUAAAAGGAUCGAGGAAAAGAACAUCAAAGUGGUCAAGAAAGAAGACUGCUUUCAAAAGAACUUCAUUGACGAGGAGGAAGAAAAAAGUCGAUCACAGAAACAGCAACUGAUCUUAAAUCAGCAACAAAGAGAUAUUCAGGAACUGAAGCAUGCUAUUAAUUCCACAAAGGCUGGCAUGCAGUUCAUACAAAUGAAAUUUCAUGAAGAAUUAAACAAUCUUGGUACGCAUAUACAUGGUCUGGCUCAUGCUGCUUCUGGUUACCACAGGGUUCUAGAAGAAAACCGCAAGCUAUAUAACCAAGUUCAAGACCUUAAAGGAAGUAUACGCGUUUAUUGCCGUGUGAGACCAUUCUUGUCUGGAUCAAGCUAUCUUAGCUCUGUGGAUCAUAUAGAAGAGGGAAACAUCAUCAUCAACACACCGUCAAAGUAUGGUAAAGGAUGCAAGUCCUUUACCUUCAACAAAGUCUUUGGGCAGUCUGCAACUCAAGCGGAAGUUUUCUCUGAUAUGCAGCCACUGAUUCGGUCAGUUCUUGAUGGAUACAAUGUUUGCAUAUUUGCAUACGGCCAGACAGGGUCAGGGAAAACCUACACUAUGACUGGACCUAAAGACCUGACAGAGAAAAAUCAAGGGGUGAAUUAUAGAGCGCUAGGUGAUUUGUUUCUUCUAGCAGAACAAAGAAAGGAUACCUUUCGCUAUGAUGUUGCCGUUCAAAUGAUUGAAAUUUACAAUGAGCAAGUUAGGGAUCUCCUUGUUACAGAUGGAAGUAACAAAAGAUUAGAGAUACGGAACAGUUCCCAGAAUGGUCUCAAUGUACCAUAUGCAAACCUCAUGGCUGUUUCAUCAACAUCCGAUGUUAUUGAUCUGAUGAACCUAGGACACAGGAAUCGCGCAGUUGGAGCAACAGCCCUGAAUGACCGUAGCAGCCGUUCUCAUAGUUGCUUGACUGUCCAUGUUCAAGGAAGAGAUUUAACAUCUGGCACCAUUCUCCGCGGCUGUAUGCAUCUCGUGGAUCUUGCAGGAAGUGAGAGAGUAGACAAAUCUGAGGUGACAGGAGAUCGACUAAAAGAGGCACAGCACAUAAACAAAUCUCUAUCAGCUUUAGGAGAUGUGAUUGCUUCUCUUGCCCAAAAGAAUCCACAUGUUCCUUAUCGAAACAGCAAGCUCACUCAACUUCUUCAAGAUUCACUUGGAGGGCAAGCCAAGACACUAAUGUUCGUUCACAUAAGUCCUGAACCUGAUGCCAUAGGUGAAACUAUAAGUACUCUCAAAUUUGCAGAGCGUGUAGCAACUGUUGAACUUGGUGCUGCUCGAGUGAGUAAAGACACUUCAGAUGUUAAAGAACUCAAAGAACAGAUUGCUAGCCUUAAGGCAGCUUUGGCUAGGAAAGAGGUAGAGACGGACCAAAGUCAGCAUUCUGUAUCUGGCAGCUCCAAAAAAUACCGAGCAAAGACUAGCGAUUUUUCACCCUUUAAUCCCAAUCAGCGAGUUGGAGAUGUCUUGGUGGCCAGAGAACCCGUGGGUAGCAUGGGAAACAUUGAGGUGUUCAGUAACUCCACAUUGAGGCAAAAGAGGCAAAGCUUUGAUCUUGAUGAGCUAUUAGCAAAUUCAUCUCCCUGGCCUCCCGUUGCGAGUCCUGCCCAAAACUUUAGGGACGAUGAGAAAGAAUUGGGCUCGAGUGAGUGGGUGGAUAAGAUUAUGGUGAACAAGCAAGAUGCCAUUAACAGAGUAGCAAACCCCCUAGGAUGCUGGGAAGCAGAAAAUGGGAACUUGUCUGAUAUCUUUUACCAGAAAUAUCCCCACGAUUCUUCAAAGGUUUACACAGAACAAUCGUAUAAUAUGUUCACGGGGGCCAAUGGGUUCAACAUGGCUGGUUCCGAUGACAUAGAUGAUAUUGAUGCUGCAACCAGUGACUCAUCCGAGCCUGAUUUGCUUUGGCAAUUCAAUCAAACUAAACUUAGCAACAUAACCAAUGGGAUCAAUAAACCUACUUCAAGAUCAGCAAGAAACCCUGAAAUGAGCAAAAGUCUACAUCCUAUGGCAGGGCCAUCACCAUCAAGGAAACUAGCAAAUGGAGUCGGCCAACCUUUGCAUCGAAACAUGAGGCAGCCAGCCAUUGUCGACGGGAAACGCAAAGCCGGGAGUAGAAAAUAACAAGUUUAUACACCAUUAUACCCACGUCAGAGUGAUUUAUGAUUUUUUUUCCUCUUAUAUUUGUUGUUAGAGGGAGAGAGAGAGAUAUGUGUGUUCAAUAUACAGAUAAUUUUUCUUUCAUUGUAAUUUUUGUGGCAUAGUUAAAUGCAGCAAUAAUUCAAGUUGCGUAUUUGUUUAUUGAAGACAAAUUGUGUAAAUAAUGCAUACUGCCUUGUUUGGUUUUGUGA